GUUCUACAUUAUUUAUUUAUAUUUAAUUGUUUUCAAUACGAUAAUGAUGUUGUAAUAGUUAGAAUAAUCCUAAUAAUUGUAGUCUUCACAUUGCAAGAUUUAUUAUUGAGUAACAAACUGUCGUUUCAAUAUUUGGUGAACUUUUCUGAGGAAGGUUGUGGAUCUGCAAAAGUAGCAGCACAAUUUGAUAUAGUGCGAUACUCGCGAAAGGAAAAUUCGUGUUUACGAAUAAAGUGUAACAAGUUGUUGGUGUUUAUUUAUUUUAUUGUGCAUACUUAUACUUUACCAAUUUUCACAAAUAACUUUGUCGUCACACGUUUUUAGCCUUCGAAGUCGGUGGAGCGUCGAGAUGAUUUUUCACCUAACAAUAUUUUAUUUUUAUGUAUGUUGCAGGUCGUCAAUAAUGAAUCGUAAAAGUUAGCCGAACGUCUGUAAUGCGUUCGCAAACAAUCUCGAUGCCGAGAAAUGGAGAGACAGCAUUGUAAUCCACUUCAAAACUUUGACGAUUCUAAAAGUGAGAUUUUGAAAAAAAGAUUACUUAAAUCGAGCAGCGCUCCCGCCUGUAACAAUCUAGCUCCGACCGGUUCGCAGCACAAUGUGCUGCUGAAUACUUUGCGCACGCCGAUAGCGAGCAGCAUGAUCGUAUCUUCGGUGGGUAGCGGGCAGGGCUCGCUGCCGCUGCAGCACGGGCUGAUGACGCACUCGCUGGCGCCGGUGAAGCUGCACCCGAAUCCCACGCCGUACCCCCUCCAGCUGUCCACGGUGCACGUCCCGGUACAGAUCCCCGGCACGAGCGCCAACAUCAACGUGCCCGUCCAGCUCUCUGGACCAAGCAGUAGUGUACCUUUACAAAUAGCCCCCGUCAGUCUUCCAAUACAAGUGUCCGGGACUACCAGUGUGCCAGUUCAGUUGCCAGCGGGAGACACUAUCAAUGUACCUCUGCAAAUCCCUGGCGCUAGUCAGAACAUACAACUUGGGGCUCCGGGUAUGCAAUCUAUGCCAAUUUUGCAAAGCUCUAGUCAGCCAAUGAGUUCUAUUAUACAUGUGCAUAUGGGGUCUAAUCCUAGGUCUAACAGUAUGGAUAAUGGUAGUGAUAUGACAGUGACAAGUUCUUCGCAGUUACAAGCUGUAACUUCAGGAGCUCAAGUGCAAAUGGGGAACAAUUCUACCGUUAUGCAGAUACCGAGUUCAGUUAAUAACUCAAUACAGUUAGCGCUUCCUAAUUCGGUCGGUUCUGGAACUGUGCAGCUGAGAGGGGCCACGAGGAAUGUGCCUCAUGUGGUUUACAUCCAGACUCCGCAAGGGCUGAAGCCAGUCACAAGCACUGAUGUCAUCAGCCAAGCCAGCACCAGUGGAAAUCCUCCACAGAUCAUAGUCAGGAGACCUGUCACCAGCAACUCCAACAUACAUUUAAUAUCAAAUGUAAACAACAAACCAAAUAUUGCGCCAAAAAUUGGUCAGGGCAAGACUGUUUUGGCCCCAGCGGCUAACCCACCAAUAGUUAUCCAGAAACCUAAAAGCAAUGAGAAGAUGAUAGUCCCAGUCACCAUUGCCCCCGGGAAUGCGGGGAAGCAAGCCAUAGCCUACCUCAGCUCAGUCAAGAAACCUAACACUAAAAACAUGGCUGAUAAUCAGUCUAUCCUAAUCUCAAAUAACCAGACAACUGUUAACUCUAACAACCAGAAGCUAUUUCUAACUCCGAUGACCAUGCCAAAAAUCCAAAACACAAAGUUUAUCCUGCCAGUAACCCUCCCAGCCACUAUGGCGUCCAAAGGACCUAUCAUUAAUCUGCAAAUAGCUAAUGGACAAAUACAGAAUGAUCCUCAAGGCAAUAUUACUGUCAUGAGAGACAGUGCUGGCUUAGAAUCAGCAGAUAUGCCACCGUUACAGCCUCUAGCAAAAAUGGGUAAUGUCAAUGGGAAUAGUAAAGAAGCUAAUCCGGUUCCACAGAGUCCGAACAAAUGUGAAACAUACACAAUAUCCAUUCCUGGGUCCCGAGCGGAGCCUACAGAUGAACAAGGCACUUAUACACUCUCAAUACCAGAAACUAACGCUUCUAUGAAUGAUGAUAUUUACACAGUUUCAAUAGCUGAUGAUGAGGAUCAGAGUCGGGAAAAGUCCUUCACUCUAGCCAUACCGGAAAAAGGAAAGAGUUUGUUGAAUAGGAACAUGAUAGAAAGGAAUGAAGUUGGUUCCCAUGUCACGAUAGCGGCUCCUGCCAUCUUGAGGCGCUCAAACUCCGAUAACAGCGAAAGAAAAGCUUCCAACGCUAAUUUAAAGAGGCGGAUAUCGCUCUGCAACGAAAAUUUUACCAAUAAAAACAUGAAAUUUACGCCACCGCUGCCAAAACCGGCGGAAAAAUCCGAAGAACCUCCAGAUUCUGACAAUAACGACGAUCAUCGCGUGCCUUCUCUAUUCUGCGACGAAAAGUUAGACAAGGACUUAGAUUGCAAAGUCGUUCUCGGCGAUUCCGACGAGGAAUACAAGGAGAAGAAAGAACUAGAAGCCAAGAGCUUACUGUACUAUCAAAAAGAUAUGAAGAACGAGAGAAUGAAAAGGGAGAGCGUGGAUAGCGCGUUAGAGGAAGACCCUCCUGGAUUAUUCUGGAACAACGGAAUAGCGCAGCUGCACGGCAGCACGCUACAGUUCCAAACAAAUGAAUUCGGGCUUAUAGAUCUCAUAGACGGUUCAGAUCCUGAAGAAUUACCUCUCCCUCCGAGCGCGAAAUACCACACGCCUCUAAAACAGCGUUUGGAACGUCCACGUGAAAAGAAACCAACAUCCCCCGAGGACCUCUACCGAUGUGACGGCUGCGGCUGCCACGGGAUGGCAGCAGAGUUCAUAACCCCUAACUUCUGCAGUCUCACAUGCCAAAGCGAUGUACAAAAGGUGACACAAAAGAAGCGAGAUCGCGAGCGCGCGGAACUAACUCGCCGGAGGAACAAAAUGAAGAAACUCCUCAUGAGGAAACAGCAUGAUGAACCGAUGGAUGAACCAGCCAAACCUGACGAUGAAAAGCUAUCCGAUGAUGUGAUAGAUGAGAAAUAUCCAUGGAUGUGCGGGAAGAACGGUUUUUCUUGGAUGCGGUAUCUGGACUUCUGUAAAGCGAAGGCGGCGCCGGUGAAGUUGUUUAAGGACCCGUUCCCGUACAACCGGAACGGGUUUAAGGUCGGCAUGCGGAUGGAGGCGAUAGACCCGCAGCGCGCGUCCGUCUGGGCCGUGGUGUCUGUGGCUGAAGUGCAGGGCUACCGGCUCCGCCUCCACUUCGACUCGUACCCCGACCUCCACGACUACUGGGUGAACGCGGACUGCGGCGACAUGUUCCCGGCCGGCUGGUGCGAGCGCAACCAGCGCGCGCUGCGCCCGCCCGCCGCGCACCAGCCCGGCUUCAGCUGGCCCAUGUACCUCAAGCAGCUGCGCGCCGUCGCGGCGCCCCGGCACCUGUUCCCGCACAUCACCACCACGACUGUAAAACCCAACGCCUUCCGCAUCGGCAUGAAGCUCGAGGCCGAGGACCGCAAGAACGACAUGGUGUGCGUCGCCACCGUCGCCGACAUGCUCGACGCGCGGCUGCUGAUCAACUUCGACUCGUGGGACGACAUGUACGACGUGUGGCUGGAUCCCACGUCGCCGUACAUACAUCCUGUCGGCUGGGCCGAGGAGAACGACAUCUCGCUCACACCUCCUAAUUUCUACAAGGACCCGGAGUCGUUCUCGUGGGAGAGCUACCUGGCGGAGACGGGGGCCGCGGCGGCGCCCCCGCGGGCCUUCAAGACGCGCCCGCCGCAGGGCUUCAAGCCCGGCAUGAAGCUCGAGGUCGUCGACAAGAGGGUCCCGUUCCUGAUCCGCGUAGCCAGCGUAAGCGAAGUGAAGGGCCACCAGGUCCGCGUCUCGUUCGACGGCUGGCCGGACGAGCUCUCGUAUUGGCUGGACGAUGACUCGCCUGACAUCCACCCGGUCGGCUGGUGCUUGAAGACCGGACACCCACUAGAACCACCACUGACGGCGGAGGAGGCCGUGGUGCUGGGCCCCUGCGGCGUGGGCGGCUGCCGCGGGCUGGGCUCGCUGCGCGGCGGCGCGCACAAGCAGCACGUGGCGGCUUCCGCCUGCCCCUACCGCGCGCCCGCCUCGCCCGCGCCGCCCGACCGCCUCGCUGCUGAGCGACCCACGAGGCCCCUCGGUCGGCCUCCGAAAACGGCUGAAACGCUGACUCCUACCAGCGACACGCACACACACAAGGAGAAACCCACAAGAGGAAGACCUCCAAAACAUAAGAGGGUGGAAGAAGUCUCGAAAGCUGACCCAGCGUCUGACGAGGAAUCAAUAUCGAGCAGUAACGCGGCCAGCAGCCGGCGCUGGCGCGGCCGCCGCCUGCGCUCGCCGCGCGAGCCGCGGGAGCUGCGCGCCGACGUGCACAGGCACAUCGCCGCGCUGCAGCUGCCGAGCCGGCCAGAUAUAUGGACGCAGGAGGAGGUGGGCAUGCUGGUGUCCGUGGUGGGCGGCGCGGCGGCGGGCGCGGCGGCGCGGCAGGCGAGGCUCGCGGGCCGGGAGCUGCUCAUGGCGUCCCGGGAGGAGCUGGUCGCCUGCCUGCACAUCCGGCUCGGCCCGGCCGUCAAGGUGUACGGCGCCGUUCGGCAGUUACGACGCGCGAUCACAUGA